AGUGAGAACAAGGAAUCGUGACGUUGUGCUAACUGCAAAGAAGUUGAUCUUCGUUUUCACGACACUACAGUUCUAUAUCGAAAGAAAACAAUGUCAGGCGCUGCCAACGACAAUGGAGAUCGUCUGCCCCAGUUCAAAAACAAGGGGAAAGAUGCAAACGAAUUGCGACGCAGGAGGAUCGAGGUCAACGUGGAGUUACGGAAAGCCAAGAAGGAUGACCAGAUUCUAAAGAGAAGGAAUGUCAGUAGUUUUCCAGACGAACCCACUUCACCACUCCAAGAGAAGAAUCAGAAUGGACAGCCUGUCCAGCAUUGGACAGUGGAGGAGAUAGUGAGUGGCGUAAAUAGCCAGAAUCUGGACACUCAGUUGCAAGCCACACAAGCAGCCAGAAAGCUACUGUCCCGGGAGAGGCACCCCCCAAUCGAUAGCAUCAUUGACGCCGGCCUCAUCUCCAAGUUUGUCGUCUUCCUGAGCCUGGCCGAGUGCUCUCCCAUCCAGUUUGAGGCGGCGUGGGCCCUGACCAACAUCGCCUCGGGCACCUCGGACCAGACCACCGCUGUGGUGGAGGGAGGGGCCGUCCCCGCAUUCAUCAGCCUGGUGACCUCCCCUCACCCCCACAUCAGCGAGCAGGCCAUCUGGGCCCUGGGAAACAUCGCAGGCGACGGCUCUAACUACAGAGACCAAGUGAUCAAGCAUGGAGCCAUCGAUCCCCUCAUGUCCCUGCUGUCGACCCCUGACCUGUCCGUCUUCUCAUCCAGUUACCUCAGGAACAUCACAUGGACCGUGUCCAACCUGUGCCGGAACAAGAACCCCGCUCCUCCAUUGGCUGCCAUACAGCAGCUCCUCCCCAUGCUGGUGCGCCUCAUCCACCACGACGACAAGGAGGUGCUGGCCGACACCUGCUGGGCCGUGUCCUACCUGACUGACGGGCCCAACGAGAGGAUCGAGGUGGUGGUGCAGGCCGGCCUGGUGCCCCGCCUGGUCCAGCUGCUCGCGUCCGAGGAGCUCAGCGUCGUGACCCCGGCCCUGCGCUCGCUGGGCAACAUCGUGACUGGCACGGACGAGCAGACCCAGAGCGUGCUCAACGCCGGCACCUUGGCCGUGUUCCCCUUCCUGCUGCGCCACUGCAAGGCCAACAUCCAGAAGGAGGCGGCCUGGACGCUGUCCAACAUCACAGCCGGGAAGGACACCCAGAUCCAGGAGGUGGUGAACUAUGGCCUGGUGCCUGUCCUGGUGGAAGUCCUCUCUCAGGCGGACUACAAGACCCAGAAGGAGGCCGUGUGGGCCAUCACCAACUACACCAGCGGAGGCACUGUGGAGCAGGUGGUCUACCUGGUCCAGUGUAACGCCUUGGAGCCUCUUCUCAACCUGCUCUCUGCCAAGGAUGGCAAAAUCAUCCAGGUCAUCUUGGACGCCAUCACCAACAUCUUCCAGGCAGGGGACAAGAUUGGUGAGACAGAGAAGCUGUGCCUGAUGGUGGAGGAGUGUGGGGGCCUGGACAAGAUCGAGGCCUUGCAGUCCCACGAGAACGAGAUGGUCUACAAGAGUGCCCUCAACCUGAUCGAGAAGUACUUCUCCGGCGAGGAGGGAGAAGAUGAGUCGGUGGCCCCAGAGACUACCACGGACGGCUAUGCCUUCCAGAUCCCUGAGAACCAAAGCACUUUCAACUUCUAACAUGUCUUCCAGUCCAGUCUGCAUAUAGUCUUACCUGUCUCAUUUUUUUUGUAUUUUGACUAGCAACCUCCUCCAUUUCCAGAUUUAUUUGUUUAGUUAUCUUCAUUUUGUAAGUGUACAUACAUACUGAGAUGACAUCCCUGUUUUACUACAAACUGUGUAAAUAAACUUUAUUAAGUA